CGGGGGGGACCUGUGCGUCAUUGAGGGACCGCGGAGCGGCCAGUGCGAAGGCGUGGGGGCUAGGAGCCGGAGGGGCUGCCGAGCGCCUGAGCCCGCUGCCGGUUCAACUGCCCCGCAGCCUGCAAACUAAUAGGGCGCAAGAUGUGGCAGGCGACCCCGCCCCAACCCCGCGCGCCCUGCCGCUGGGCGCCGGCCCUGCUGACCCUGCUGGCCCUGCUGGCCCUGGGCGGCGUGGGGCUGUGCCACGCGAGCUCGCAGCCUGGGUACCACGCGCGGCCCAGCGCCAGGAGCAAGAACUGGUGCGCCUACAUCGUGAAUAAGAACGUGAGCUGCACAGUACAGGAAGGAAGCGAGAGUUUUAUACAGGCUCAGUACAACUGUCCCUGGAACCAGAUGCCCUGUCCAUCUGCUCUGGUGUAUCGAGUAAACUUCAGGCCCAGGUUCGUCACUAGGUACAAGACAGUGACACAGUUGGAGUGGAGAUGCUGUCCUGGCUUCAGAGGCGCAGACUGCCAAGAAGGUCCCAAGGACCCUCUGAAGACCCCCUGGCAUCCGCCUGCUCGACCAAGAAACAACCUGAAGAAAGCCACAGAUACUGACCCAAGCCGAGUCUCACAGCCUAAGGAAACUUUGUCACCGACGGAUGCAGCAGAACCAAGUCAGGUAGCGGCGGAUCCAAAGCAAGGUACUCCAGGACGCCAGCCGACGAAAGUUCAGGUGCUGGAGGAGAAGGUUGUCCGACUCACCAGGAUGGUGCUGGAUCUUCAGUCCUCCGUGGCAGGACUGAAGGAGAACCUCAAACACACCACUCAAGACGACGGCAGCAAAGGCCCAGCCCCGUGGCUCGGUCCCCUGCACCCGCAGCAGCCAACCCCUGAUGGCACCUUUGUGGGAGACGCAGAGCCGAGCCAGCUUCCUGGCCUCCCCGGUAGCAAGGAAUCUGGCAUGAAGGACAUCAAGUCCGAGCUGGCUGAAGUCAAAGACACACUGAAGACCAAGAGUGAUAAGUUGGAAGAGCUAGACGGGAAGGUGAAGGGCUACGAAGGGCAGCUCAGGCAGUUACAGGAGGCUGCGCAGGGCCCCACGGUCACCAUGACAACCAACGAGCUGUACCAAGCCUAUGUGGAUAGCAAGAUCGACGCCCUGAGAGAGGAGCUCAUGGAAGGCAUGGACCGGAAGCUGGCCGACCUGAAGAACACAUGCGAGUACAAGCUCGUAGGCCUGCAGCAGCAGUGUGACGACUACGGGAGCAGCUACCAGGGGGUGAUAGACCUGAUGGCGGAGAAGGAGACCAGCCUGAAAAAAGACAUCGCCGACCUCCGAGCCCGGUUGCAGGAUCCCUCCGCCCAGCCCGGUUGCUGCGGCAGCCAAAAGAAUGGUGACUUUGGCCAACAGAUCAAGGCAUUAGACCAGAAAAUCGAGAGAGUUGCCGAGGCCGCCAGGAUGCUGAAUGGACGGCUGGACAACGAGUUUGACCGCCUCUCCAUCCCGGAGUCAGAUGCGGACUUCGAUGCGAGGUGGAACGAGUUGGACGCGAGGAUCAACGUGACGGAGAAGAACGCAGAAGAGCAUUGCUUUUACAUCGAGGAGACCCUUCGCGGGGCCAUCAACGGCGAGGUAGAUGACCUGAGGCAGCUUCUCAAUCAGAAAAUCCGUUCCCUGGAAGACCGUCUGGGGAUUGUCCUGCAAGGGGCCAACAGCUCAGACGUGGAGUUGUCACCAGUGGGCCCAGAGCAGCCCGGGGCAGGGAAUGCACAGGUCCUAAGGGAGCUGAACCGCCUGAAGGACAAAGUUCAAGUGGUUGAGGACAUCUGCCUGCAGAGCUUGCCUCAUGGGCUAGAUGGUAGUUUGCCGAGUGGAGAGGACCUCGCACAGGUCAGCCUGAGCCUUUUGGAAUCCCUCAACGACACGAUGCACAGGCAGUUCCAAGAAACGGGUGGCAGCAUCCAGAAACUUCGGGAGGACUUCCGCUCUCUUCAUUCUCGACUGAAUCACUCAGAGUGCAAGGGGACUUGUUUAAACAGCGGAGUGAGUGACAGCGGAGCAGGUGACAGUGCCGAGGCGAGUGGGUUUACUAAGACGGGGAAGCAAGAGAGCACAGCGGGGACUGCCCCAUCUCCUGGGGCCCCUGCGGCUCCAUGCUGCGGCCGGCUGGAGGAGCGCUGGCAGAGGCUGCAGAACCAAGUGCUGGCUGAGCUGGGCACAUGUAAGGAGAGCGCUCACGGGGUUCAAAGCGGGGUGUCCGCGGUGGAGGGCAGGGUGUCUCAACUGGAGCAGACAUGCAGCAGGCUGGACGCCAUCUCGGGGGGUCUGCAGAGGAUCAAGGAAGGGCUCAACAAGCAUGUGGGCAGCCUGUGGAGCUGCAUCCGGCAGAUGAACGGGACGCUCAGGUCACAUUCCAGAGACAUCUCUGGCCUCAGGAACUCCGUGCAGCAGUUCUACAGCCACGUUUUCCAGAUCUCUACGGACUUGCAAGACCUGGUUAAGUUCCAGCCAUCAGCCAAGGAACCCUCUGAGCCACCAUCUGAGAAGAGCCCACUAGAACCCACCAGACCUGCAGAGGCGGCCCCCACUGAGCCACCCCACCUGACCCCACUGCCAGAGGACCCUGUCAGACCGCCACAGUCAGGCCAGCAGCCAAUACUGCCCCAGAGGCCCCUGCAGCCACCACCUUUGCCUGCCUGGCCUGGCCGCUCAGGGCUGCCCUUCCUGCCUGGCUCUAGUGGGGUCAUCAUGGAGACUGGAGAAGCCGGGCCUCCAGGCAGGAUGGGCAUGUCCGGAAGGGGCCUGCCCCAGGGAGUGGACGGACAGAUGGGGCAGGGGCCGAUCCCUAGCUCGGAAGGCUAUGCGGGUGCACCAGGCUACCCCAAGUCACCUCCAGUAGCCACCCCAGGGGUACCACUGCCUGCCCUGGUGUCCUUUUCAGCCGGUCUCACCCAGAAGCCUUUUCCCAGCGACGGAGGCGUUGUUCUCUUUAAUAAGGUGCUGGUAAACGAUGGGGAUGUCUACAACCCCAACACUGGGAUCUUCACAGCACCGUAUGAUGGGCGCUACUUGAUCACAGCCACCCUCACCCCCGAGAGGGACGCCUACGUGGAAGCAGUCCUGUCUGUCGCCAAUGCCAGCGUUGCCCAGCUGCACACAGCUGGGUACAGGAGAGAGUUCCUGGAGUACCAUCGUCCUCCUGGAGCUGUGCACACCUGUGGGGGCCCAGGCGCCUUCCACCUCAUUGUGCACUUGAAGGCAGGGGAUGGGGUCAAUGUUGUGGUGACUGGGGGCAGGUUGGCUCACACAGACUUUGAUGAGAUGUACUCCACCUUUAGUGGUGUUUUCUUGUAUCCUUUCCUUUCCCACCUUUAGGGAAGUCAGGAGGGGAAUGGUUGUAAAAACUCCAAAGCUUUAAUAUAUUCCGUUUAUGUAACUGGAGCACUGGUCUAGUUUGCUAUACACACUCCGCCUGCCCCCAGGAUAAAGGUCUUACCUCACUGUAGAGACUGAUACCCUUUAGGAGUUUCCAGACAGCCUUCAAAGUGACACACGGUUAAUGUGGCCUCCAUUUUUCUGGAACUCUAACUGGGCACCCAGAAGACUUGGCAAGUCCCUUUGGCUGGAAGCUGGCUUCUUCUGGGCCUACGUGGUGCUACCUGUGGAUGCUCCCCUGACUGGGCUGGGCCUGUUGCAGCUGGAGAACCUGAAGUUGGCCUUCACUGGAGAACACUGGAGCGGAUGCUUCUCUCUACAUUGCAACUGCACGUAGGAGAAUUUAAACACUGAAGUGCUGGUGUGGCCUGGACCCAGAGUUUAAUCUGGGCUGUCCCACACUUGGCUUGCUGUUACCGUCUAUGACUCAACUCUGCUCACCUUGGCCCUGCUACGAAGGGGGAUGUAACAGACAUUAUUUAUGAAGCUCGUUGGGCUCCUUAAAUGACGUGUACAAUAUAAGUGCAAAGACAGGGAGCGUCAAUAAAGAUGACAAAAUCA